AUGUCGAGAAAUUAUUUCACACAACCAUUUGGUAUCAUACAUACUAUUCGAUUUAUUUGUCUAAUACUCUUAUUAAUCUUUGCUGAAAUAAAACUUACUUCUUGCAAUUCAUAUCUCAAUGAAUUUCUUGGUUUUAAUCAUCAAUCCAUCCUUUUCUAUUAUAUAUUAAUCUGGAUAUCAUUUUCAUUUGAAAUUUAUUUUUUUAUUAAUCGUCUAUUUGGUUCAAAAUAUCCUCAAGCUAAAAAAUCUAUCUUAAUAUUAUAUAUCCUUCUAUCCAUUGCAUUCCUUCUUGCAUCUUGUUUUACAUUAUAUGCAAUUAUUAAUUCAUCACAUGGUCAUGUUAUAACUCAACAUGAUAUUAAUCCAUCUGAAAAAAUAAUUCCUAUUACACAUGAUUGUAAUCUAUUACGUUUAAUUGGAAUAUUAUUUGGUUUUAUUAUCAGUAUUCUUUAUUUUAUUGCUAUUAUAUUAAUUUAUCGUUUAAAAGAUUAA